CUUGAAGUGAAUGGGCGAGUGGCAAAAAUACAACAAAAGUAUUUGCGAAAAUCUGAACAGACAUCGCAUAAAGGUAUUAUCCACGCGCCAACCGUUAACACGGCAAUGUUAAGCAGACGUUGUGCCGUUAGUGCUGUGUUAUGGAACCAUGUCCGAGCCUGCAGCAAGCACAUCCGAGUUCACUGAGCUGUGGAAGAAUGUUUCCAAACUUUGUCACAGCAAAAUACAAGUCAUGAAAACAGGGUCACAGAUGGAUAAGGAAACAUCAUCACCUCUGCGUAAAGAUUUGCAGAGUCCUCAGCGCAGGGGAUAUAGCAAAUUUCCUGGUCUGAAUAAUGGGGAUUCUCCAGGUGAUGUGGAACCUUCACAAGACAUUUUCUGGGACCCCACAUCUCCCACUCCAGCUAAUACUGGGCUCAGGAACACCAGGGUUGUGGAAAUAUCAGACAUUGUGAACCGAAUUGCUCCAAAGGAUGUGAAACAGAAGCGGAUCGAGUCUCCCCUGCUGCAGUGGAUAGGUGACAGUGCUAUCCCUUGCACACCAGAUGUCCCAAAACCAAGAAUGAGGAAGAGGUCAUCCAGGCAGAGCAGUGUGGAGGACCUCAUGAAACUGGCACGACAGUUUGAUGAGAACAUGCAACAAGACAAAGAGACUUUAGAGCAGCUGAACACUGUCAACAAUAGUCUCAAUGAAUCAGUGAACACUUCCAAAACAAAACUGACAGAAACAUCAUUCCCGAGCAAUGUGAAGGACCUAAAGUGCACAUCCUCUGCAGAUCAGGUGGAGGCAGAACUGCAGGCUCUGUUCGACUGCUCCACUCAAAAAGUCAGCGGUCGACUAAGUCAGGGCUCUACAGCAUCCGCCUGUUCAGAGGGAGUGAAAGAACAAACUUCAGUUGAACUCCAACAAUCAGAGCUUAAGAUAUCAGAAAAGUCUGGCCCAGCUGUGCAGCCUGCUCGAGAAAAAGGAUCUUGUGGUUUUAGCGAUGACUUUGAUGAUGACUGGGAGAAUGACGACCUGCUCAAUGACUCAUUUGUGCUGGCGAUAACCCAGAACCCUGAUCAGCUUCUUGACAACAACCCUAAAACCAGCAUGCUAUCAGACACUAAGACAAACACUUCUCAGUUCACCUCUGUUUGUAUCCCUCCUGCAGCCAAAAAUUCAGGACAUCAACCCUCAGUUGUGCCCUCCAAGCCGAGCUGCAGUUCACUCCAGAAACUCUGUCCCAAGCCAAAGACUUCCCAUCGAAACACUUUUAAGUUAGAGCCUAACCCUCACUUCAAUCAACAAUCCUCAAAAAUCAGCAACAAUCAAAAAGUUUGUUCUACUGGGAGCUCAGCGAGAGACAUUUCAGACAACCACUGGGAUGAUGGGGAUGAUGAUGCCCUACUCUUUCAGUUAUGUGAAAGUGUAGAGAAGGAAUCAAAUAGUCAGCCACAGCAAGGGAGCACUAACACCUGCCAGAGAAAUCAGUGCAAUGGUCAAAACAGAGAUAGAAAAACCACAUCACCUCUGUCUAUUGACAUGGCCUGGUCGGCAAACAGUGCUACCAGUGCCAGUAGAAAGUCUUCGUGUUCCUUUGUGCGUUCUAAUUCAUUACCAGGCACCAGCUACCAAGGAUGGAACGUACCCAUGAAAGGUGCCAAGGGCAAAUCAGGGAUGUCUCAAAGCCUCCCAGGAAGCGGCAUCAGUUUGGGCACAUUUAGUAACCUUACAGAUUCCAGUGGAGCUUUUCAGGCAAGGAAUCCUAAUGUGGAUGUGAAGCAUACAGUGACAGCCGGGGCAUCACAGAACUACAAGUCCCAUCACACUGCCUUCAAGAGAAAUGUGUCUGACUCUGCAGUUAUGAACAACAAAGUUUUUGUUACAAGCCAAAUGACCGGGAAGUGCUCUGCAGCUGAGAUCGAGAAGAAGAAACAGGAAGCCCUUGCCAGAAGGAAGCUGCGGAUGCAGAACACUCAAAAACUAUAGAGAAGCUCCAUCAUAGGUGGAGGGAUGUUAUUUUACUGUAAUAACUCUUUACAGAACUCUACAUUCCAGGGCAGUGUUUCAGGCAAAUCUCUAUUAAGAGGUUUACAGCAAUGAUCAAGAAGUUAUCAUGCUACUGUAAAUACGUCAGUAUUUGAUCAACAGGUUUUUGAUUAGACUGACCUCCUGCACAGACAGUAGAUUACCUCUGUAAAGGCCAGGCAAAUGUCUGUUGCAUUAGCUGCUGGAUCUUUCUGCUGCAUAUGUAAAUGCAAAAAGAAAAAAAAAACAUUAAAAGAGAUUUUUGUAUACUAAUUGUUUUAAUAAGUAGCUUACAUGUUUAAAAUAACCCCAUUUCAACUCUCCACCCUGGACAGAAAUGUGUUUUCAGUUCUUUUUUUGUCUUUUGUUUAAAGUAAAUAGUUUAAACUCAGUGUUAUUUCUCUCCCUGCAAAGACAGAGCCUGUAAAACACAAUGUGUUACUGAUGUUAUCAUCAGAAAUGUAUUGCACAUGUAGGCAGUGAGUACUACAUUUUUUUUUACUUUAUAUCAAAGCUGGUUAACUUAACAAUUUUUAGUGAUGCAGACUGAAAACAUUUGACAGUUCUUAUUGCUCUGUAAGCAACAAAAAAAGUGUUGAAGCACAAUCUAAAGGUUCUUUGGGGCCAAAGUGCACAUUUUACGCAUGAGAAAACUUUUGUUUUAUAUAUGAAAAUUAGUAAGUAUGCUAAGGCUUUGUAGAUAUUGUGUAUUUGUUCAUGUGUUAGUUCAUAAUUCCUCUUCUUUUAGUUUUGCACAGGUCAGAAUCAUUGUGGUAAGCUCUAAAGAGACAGUGGUAUGGUCUUUCUCUGUAGGCACAGAUGACGUGCUAUGCACCUUUUGUUUGUUAAACAAACUGUAAACUCAGAGCCACAGUUCUUUGAUUCCCACAGGGUAGAGAUGAGGAAGAUGCCUUCACUACAUUUUCCUAGAACCUUUUAUUGAUUGUGCUUAAAAAAGAUGGAUCUGUGUUGAGAUAUCGAUCAGGAAAAAAUAUUGUUGAUCUCUUUUUCUAUCUGGUGCCUUACUGUCAUAAUGUACUGAACUUCAGACGUGGUUAUUUUACUAGAACAUGAUGGAUUUGGAAUUCUCCUAAUUUGUCCUUCAUGGUGUAUCUGCCUUCUAUCAGCACAAAUA